AGAAGUCUGUGCGCGUGCCCGAAGACGCGGAAAAAACAAGAACUCCGAAGAAACGCGGAAUACUGCAGAAUAAAGCUUUAGGCACGUGAUCUGCGAGUGCGCGCCGGCGGAGCGGGAGCGCACAGGACGGGCUGUGCACGCAGAAGUUACAGUGAUGAAGCGAGGCUGCACGCUCCCCCUGGUGGGUGUGGUCUUUUGUGUCGCCGUGGUGAUUAUAUACAGGUCACUGGAGCAGCUGCAGCCAAUCGGAGAGCAGGAGUCUGCACAGCUCCAGCUGCUGCAGCUCAGGAUGGAACAUCUGGAACAGAUGCUCAGAACCAACAACCUCCUGGUGUCUGACCUCGAGCACUCCCUCAAAGCAUCAUGGGAGAGAGGGGGCGGAGCACGGAGGGGCGGGACACAGAGGGGCGGAGUACGGAGGGGCGGGACACAGGUGAGCGGAGCACAGAUGGGCGGAGCAGAGACAGGUGGGGCCAAAGGGCCGCUGCCAGGCUGUCCAAUGGGUGAAGAGCAGAGGGGCGGAGCUGAAGUUCAGAUGCUGGACGUGUACGACCUGUUGCCCUUCGAUAAUCCCGAUGGCGGCGCCUGGAAACAAGGCUUUCCCAUCCAUUACCGUGGCGACGAGUGGAACAACCAAUCGCUGCAGGUGUUUCUGGUGCCGCACUCACACAACGACCCAGGUUGGCGGAAGACGUUCGAUCUGUAUUAUCACGACCAGACCAGGCACAUUCUGGACAACAUGGUCCAAGCGCUGACCGAGGACCCGAGGAGGACCAUGAUCUGGGCUGAAGUCAGUUAUUUCUCAAAAUGGUGGAACGACAUCGACGCCCAGAAAAGGGCAACGGUCAAAAAGCUGCUGAUGGAGCAGCGUCUGGAGCUGGUGACCGGGGGCUGGGUCAUGGCCGACGAAGCAAACUCUCACUACUACGCUCUGCUCGACCAACUCAUCGAGGGACACCAGUGGGUCCAGACUAACCUGGGUGUGAAGCCGGCCAAUGGUUGGGCCAUUGACCCGUUUGGCCACUCCCCCUCGAUGUCGUACCUGCUGAAGGGGGCGGGGCUAAAGAAUCAGGUUAUCCAGAGAGUUCACUACAGCGUCAAGAAACAUUUCGCACAACAGCACCUCCUGGAGUUCAACUGGAGACAGCCCUGGGACCACGCCCCCAUCACUGAUGACAUCACCUGUCACAUGAUGCCGUUCUACAGCUACGACGUCCCUCACACCUGCGGCCCCAACCCUGCAGUCUGCUGCCAGUUUGAUUUCCAUCGUUUACCUGGAGGUAGAGUGUUCUGUCCCUGGAGAAUUGCUCCUCAGCCGAUCAGCCCUGAGAACGUCAAAGAGAGGGCCCUGCUGCUCCUGGACCAGUACCGGCAGAAGUCCAGACUGUUUCGGACUCCGGUUCUGUUGGUUCCUCUGGGAGAUGACUUUCGCUUCGUGGACAAAAGCGAGUGGCAAAACCAGUUCAGUAACUACCAACGUCUGUUUGACUACAUGAACCAGAGCCCCGAGCUGCACGUCAAGGCCCAGUUCGGGACUCUGGCGGACUACUUCAAGGCCCUGCACCGGCAUCUGGACUCGUCUCAGGAGCAUCUUCCAGCUGUGGGUGGAGACUUCUUCACAUACGCCGACAGAGACGAUCAUUAUUGGAGCGGAUACUACACCUCCAGACCCUUCUACAAGAGACUGGACCGCACUCUGGAGGCCACGCUCAGAGGAGCUGAGAUCCUCUUCUCACUGGCUCUCACGGAGUCAAGGCAUCUCCAAAGUACCAUGUUUCCGGGGAAGGAGCUGUUCAGUCACCUGACCUCAGGGAGGCGGAACUUAGCCCUUUUCCAGCAUCACGACGCCGUGACGGGGACUGCUCGAGACGCAGUGGUGCAAGACUAUGGAAACAGACUCUUGAGCUCCAUCCUGAACCUGCGACAGGUGAUCCAGAGCUCCGCCCACUUCCUGCUUCUGUCUGACAAAAGCCAGUUCAACCCAUCACAGCCCCUCCUGCAGACGGAUGAGGUCAUUGCAGCUCACGAUGCUCUGCCUCAGAAAACCACCAUCAAAGUCAGUGACACGCCCAGGACGAUUGUCGUGUACAAUCCGCUUGAACAGCGCCGCAUGACCGUCGUGACCAUUACUGUGGAUACACCUGAUGUCACUGUCGUAGAAGCGCAAACAAACCGGCCAAUCACAGCACAGAUCUCUGCUGUGUGGGAGGAGCCAACACAAGCCUCCAGCAGCACCUUUCAGCUCUCGUUCGUGGUGGACCUGCCCCCCCUUUCCCUCUCCGUGUACCAUGUGACCACAUCUUCCUCUGGCCCCGCUCCCAGGUCUCAGUACAGGGUUUUGGGGUCUGAGUUCCAGGCAGCCGGGUUCUCUGUGAGUCCGGUCCAGACUGAGUCCGACCUGAGCAUCAGAAACUCUCACCUGGAAGUGUUUGGCUCCGCCCCCUCGGGACUCAUGCAGAAGCUCCGCCUCCCCUCCGGACAGGUGCGUCAGGUGCAGGUGCAGUUCCUGUGGUACGGCACGAGGAGCGACCACAGGGACAAGAGCGGAGCGUACCUGUUUCUCCCGGGAGAUGAGGGGUCAAAGCCGUAUGAUUGGUCGCAGCCUCCGGUGGUGCGGGUUUCUGUUGGUCCGGUGUUCUCUGACAUUACUUCCUGUUUCCAACACGUCACUCACACAGUGCGGCUCUUUCACAUUAAAGGGCACGAGGGCAGGUCGAUGCAGAUCCAGAACACUGUGGACAUCAGGUCAGAAUUUAACAGGGAACUCGUAAUGCGAUUGGUCACCGACAUCUCCAAUGGGAACCGCUUCUUCUCUGACCUCAACGGCUUCCAGAUGCUGCAGAGACGGACUCUCAGUAAACUUCCUCUUCAGGCGAAUUUCUACCCCAUGACCUCAGCAGCUUUUCUCCAAGACGAGGAACAGACCAGAGACCAGAGCCGGAGCAGACUCACCCUCCUGUCAGCACAGAGCCAAGCUGUGGCUGCACUAAAGCCAGGAGUCCUGGAGGUGGUGUUGGACCGCAGGCUGCAGCAGGACGAUAAUCGAGGACUGGGCCAAGGCGUGACAGAUAACAAGCUCACACAGAGUCUGUUCCAUCUGCUGCUAGAGGAAGUGGGUGUACCCUGGGGGUCUCACCUGUCGCUGCUCUCUCACCUGAGCUCGCUGUCAAUCACUCACCCUGCCGUGACCAUGGCAACACCUGGAAUCUCUGCCCACCCACCCCAGCUCCGCCCCUUCAUCGCCAUUGACUCCUCCCUCCCAUGUGACUUGCACCUCCUCAACAUGAGAACCCUGGAGAAUCAACAGGAAGCAGGAAGUCCGUCGCAGGAAGUAGCUCUGCUGUUGCACAGGAAGGGCUUUGACUGCAGCUCUGCCCCGGACCCGGAGCCCAAAUGCACAUGGAGUGUGCACGAGGAGAUAAACUUGUCCCAGGUCCUGGCGCCGCUCCAUCUGCGCUCGCUGCGUCAGUCUGGACUCACUCUGCUGCAAUUGGAUGACCAGCCAGUAUCUGCCCAGCAACAGGAGUAUGUGCACAAAAUCCCACCAAUGGAAAUCCGCGCUUUCAGAGUGCAGCUGCAGUGAGCAACCAAUCAGAGACCAGUAUCAGGGAGAGGACCAAUUAGAAGCGAGUGUGAGGUGACCACAGGCAUGAAUGUGACGUGAGACAGUUCAGACUUUAAAUGCUUUAACACGAGAAUGUCUCCUGAGAGAAUGUAUUUAUAAAAAUAUGUUUUUAUGUAGAAGUUUUUAAAAUGAAGAGUGGGGUGGGGUGUUCUUAUUACCGGGUUUGGGUUAAUGAAUCUCAUAUUGACCUGUCUCUAGUCCAUUCCCGUUAUGGGCUGGACACAAGGAGGAGAUGUCGCUGCUCUAUUCAUUUCCAAUGAGACGUUCUGUUACACUGUGGAAAUGGGCAGUGUCCCUCAGCACUACAGCCAAUCAGAGAGGGCUUCAGAGAGCACUGAGCUGGACACAGUAUAUUCACUGUGUGAUUAUCUUUUUCACAAACCACUACAGGAAAAUAUCAAAGAAAGCCAGUGCUUUCCUGCCCUUCCUUUAGCAACACUGUCAAUCAAACCUGUUGCUAAUGCUAGCGGGAGCAACCUCUGGGAAAAAAGGUGCCCGAUUGGUCUGUUACUAAUUCAUAUCUUGAUUUGGAGGACAAAAUAGUUAAAUAAAAACCUCAAGAUCAUGUAGAGUGGGUUAAAAACAAAAUAUUUAGGUCAGGUCUACAGUUUUUUACACAGAAAGUGAAUUGGGGCCAGAGUUGAGUUGCUCCCAUGCUCACUUCCUUUUAGAAACACGGCUAACAGGUUAGCUAUGUCCCUUUUAUAUAUAUUUAUAUAUAUAAUAUAUAUAUAUAUUUACAUAUAUAUAUAUGUCUAUGGCCUGAAUGCUCCCCGGGGACUUUGUUCACCUUAGCCACUGUCUUCUCUUAGUGGCAUAACCUGUAAGGUUUGCCACUACACCCCCUCUCACCAGGGGAUAACCGUUUCAAACCUCACACAGCCCUGUCAGUCCAACUGACAGACCAGGGCAUCUGGAGUAAAACCUGAGCCGAGCCUAAAGCUCCCAGUGUCGGAUGAGUUGAAGCCACUGUUACACUGCCCUCUUCUAUGAGGAGAAGGUUUAAAUGUGAAGGAAUCGUUCUGUUUAUCUCUGUACAUGUUUCUACUGUGCUCUUUUUAAAUUCAAUAAA